AUGAUGAAGAAUGUUGCGAUUGCAGCUGAGAGAUCUAGCUCUGAUCUUGACCGUUCUGUGUGUGCUGCACUUAAGGCAGCUAAUGCAAACAGCAUCGAUGGCGUUGAGAGAUGCUUCGAUAUUCUCCGUUACCUGAAGAGCUUGAAUCUCUCUGUCAAAGAUCUUUGCAACUCCAAAGAGAUAAUUCUUUUGGAGAGUCUGAGAAAGCAUGAAAACCCUAAGCUUCGAAUGGGUGUUGACGUCUUGUUCAAGUCCUGGUUUAAAACUCUUUAUUGGAGUGGAAGAGAUCCUCCUCCUUCUACUUGCAGCAAAGAUGUUCCCUUGAGUCUGAAGAAACCAAAGACUGUGUUUUUGAGGUUGAAGAAGAAUAAAGAUGAGAGAUCGAUAUCUCAGGCUCUUGAAACCGGAGAAAGUACUUUUCAGACACAGAAAGAAACUUCUUGUCCAUCCUUGAAGACCGUAAGGGACAAUACUUGCAUAUCGAUUCAAAGCAAGGUUCGUGUAACGCAAAAGAAACUUGGCUCUGUUCACUCAAAAUUGCAGAAGACAGAAGAUCAGAGAUAUCAUGAGACCAAAGAGGCUAAACAAAAUUUGAAAAAGGCAGAUGAUGUUCGCAAGGUGAAGAAGCAAUCGGCUCUACCGGUGAAACUUUCUAAAAACCCUAAAUCUGGGGCUCAUGAAGCAGAAGAGAUUAAGAAAAAUUUGAAGAAGCCUGACGCUUGCAAGUCUGUUUCAACAACAUCAAGGCCUCUCCCGAUGAAGAAGCAGCCGCCUCUGAAAGUUUCUGGAAACCCUAAAUAUUGUCCAGCCGUGAAGAGGAACGAAACAGAGAUGUUGGAGCUAUUUGAAAUAGCUAAGAAAUCAGCAGAUGUGGCCAACGCAAAGGGACUUCUCGCGGCUAAAGCAGAGACAUCAAUCUGUGUAGAUACUCUCUCUUUGCUCAUCGGUUUCCCCAUCAGCUCAACAGCACCUGAAACAAGGCGGAUCAUGGAGAGGCUUGCAUGUCUCACAAAGCACAAAGACCGCAAAAUCUGCAAUUCUGCAUCAGCACUUCUUCAGCAUUGGAGGCAGAGCAUCAGAGAUCAACAACUCAAAGAUGCACGUAGAACUCAUGGAUACUAA